AUGAGCCGCUCCAAGCUUUUGAAAAUAGCCUACCAGCUCAUUGACGCGUUCAACGCCUGGGACGAAGAUCAAAUCAUUGGCUGCCGGACUAAGGACUGCGUGCACGAGUUUUGGCCCGCCAGCGUCAGCCAGCAGCGCCACGACAACGCCGCCGCGAGGGCCGAGUUCGCCGCCACCAGAGAGAUAUUCAAGAACUUCCACGUCCGGGUAGUCGACCAUGUCGAGGACCCCGUCGCGGGGCGCGUCGUCAUGUUCGCUCACGCCUCCAUGGAAACGCACAAGGGGAAGAUGGUUCUGGACUACGUGCUCUUGCUGGACAUCUCCGAGGAAAGUGAGAAGAUCAGCCGAAUUUUGCAAAUGAACCAUCCUAAGUUUGUCUAG